AUGGAUCCAGCAGAUGAUUUAAAAGCUUUUGAACGUCGAAUGACAGAGAUUAUUUCUUCUCUUCGACCAUCAACAUGGCGUUGGCGACUUCUUUUUGUCGUUCUUAUUUUAACAAAUCUUAUAACACUUUCGAAUUGGAUCUGUGAUUUUACGUUUUCUCCUUUCUUCAAACCAUCACUCACCACGCCAGUAUCACUAUCCGAACUACGAACAACUCCACUCAAUGAUCUCUCAUCCUCCUAUUUAUUCCCGUGCAUUUCGAAGAUUCUUCGUAAAGAUAUUGCUUUUUCCAUUUCGUUUAGUUUGUUGAUAUUUGCAUUUCUCUUCGGAAUCCAUCGGAAAAUUUUCGUAUCAUCAAUAAUGAUUACGAGAAUUCGUUCGAUUCUCAACGAUUACAACAUGUCCUGUGACACUGACGGUCGUCUAAUAUUAAAACCUCGUCCACUCGCAUACUUUCAUGCAGAAUUUUGA